AUGGAUAUUUGUUUGGCAGAUUUACCAAAUGACCCUUGCGCAAAGAAAAUACAACCAGAUGUAGACAAGUGCCUAUUGGCCAAAGUGCCCGAUUAUGACCCUGAUAAUACAAAUCCAAAAUAUUACUGUUGUAUUACUUGGAUUGCUAAUGAUUGCUACGAAUCAGUUGGAAAAACAAAAUGCUCUAGCUCGGAGUUAAAAACUAUGGAUCAAUUGCUUAGUAACAUGAAGAAAGUUCGCACGAGUUGGCUGUUGUCCAUAAAGGACCUGACAGUUAGACCGACAGAUAUAUGGAUAUGUGGUUAUCACAAGUCAGGCAACACUAGGCAUCAGUUUAUAUUGCAAAUGACUAUUAAUAAUCCUGGGCUCAGGCACUCUCUGAUGUAUGGGUCGGUCCCGGACUCUGUCGACCACUCCGUCGGCCAUUAUUAG